AUGAAGUAUCCUUCCAACGGAUAUACUGGAAUAACCUGGGUUCUUGUAUAUCGGACAGAGAAGUACAAGAGGUUAAAAGCAGAGGUGGAAAAACAAAGCAAAAAACUUGAAAAGAAAAAGGAAACUAUCACUGAAUCUGCUGGACGUCAACAGAAAAAGAAGAUUGAGAGACAAGAAGAGAAGCUGAAGAACAACAACAGGGACCUGUCUAUGGUGCGCAUGAAGUCCAUGUUCGCCAUUGGCUUCUGCUUUACUGCGCUGAUGGGAAUGUUCAACUCUAUUUUUGACGGGCGAGUGGUGGCCAAACUGCCCUUUGUGCCGCUUUCCUACAUCCAGGGCCUGUCCCACCGAAACCUGCUGGGAGAAGACUACACCGACUGCUCCUUCAUCUUCCUCUACAUCCUCUGCACCAUGUCCAUCCGACAGAAUAUCCAGAAAAUGCUUGCAAGAGCAGUCAAGGCCCCACACUUCAACAUGUCUCUUCUCGACUCGAUGCCUGGAGCCAGCACUGGUACUGUGGUUGUGACCGACCACCUCAAUUUCUGGGGAGGGAAAAGAGUCCAGCCUCGACAGCAGACAGAUGCAGAGCCUGUGUUCGAGCCAGCCACGGGCCGGGUUCUCUGCCAGAUGUACCCGUGUGGAGCUGAGGAGGUGGAUGAAGCCAUUCAAAGUGCACAUGAGGCAUACCUGGUCUGGAGGAAGAAGGCGGGGAUGGAGAGAGCACGAGUGAUGCUGGAGGCUGCUCGAAUUAUCAGGGAACGAAGAGAGAAGAUCGCAAAGCUGGAGGUGAUCAACAAUGGCAAGUCCAUCACUGAGGCGCUGGUGGACAUUGACGUUGCCUGGCAGUGUAUCGAGUACUAUGCUGGGUUAGCCGGAACACUGGCAGGUCAGCAUAUCCAGCUUCCCGGAGGAGCGUUUGCCUACACCAGGAGGGAGCCCCUGGGCGUGUGUGUGGGCAUCGGAGCGUGGAACUAUCCUUUCCAGAUUGCAGCUUGGAAGUCUGCCCCUGCCAUGGCCUGUGGUAACGCCAUGGUGUUUAAGCCCUCGCCCAUGACCCCAGUGACGGCUGUGAUCCUGGCUGAGAUCUACAAAGAGGCAGGAGUCCCGGACGGCCUCUUCUGUGUGGUGCAGGGGGCAGCUCAGACUGGGACCAUCCUGUGUCAUCACCCCGCUGUCGCCAAAGUCUCCUUCACCGGCAGCGUACCCACCGGCAAAAAGGUGAUGGAGAUGUCCUCAAAAACUGUGAAGCAGGUGACUCUGGAGCUCGGAGGGAAAUCACCACUCCUCAUUUUUAAAGACUGUGAGCUGGAGAAUGCCAUAAAAGGAGCUCUCAUGGCAAACUUCCUCACACAAGGAGAGGUGUGCUGUAACGGGACGCGGGUGUUUGUGCAAAGAGACAUUUUGCCUCAGUUCCUGGAGGAGGUGGUGAAGAGGACCAAAGCCAUCCGCGUGGGGGACCCUCUGCUGGACGACACGCAGAUGGGAGGGCUGAUCAGCAAACCUCACCUGGAGAAAGUGCUGGGCUUUGUGGAGCAGGCCAAGAAGGAGGGAGCCAGAGUGCUGUGCGGAGGAGAGCCCUUUGUCCCCAGUGACCCUAAACUCAAAGGCGGUUACUUCAUGUCACCAUGUGUGUUGGAUAACUGCAGAGACGACAUGACUUGUGUGAAGGAGGAGAUUUUCGGCCCUGUGAUGUCGGUGAUGCCUUUUGACACAGAAGAGGAAGUGAUCAAGCGAGCCAACAACACAACCUUUGGACUGGCCUCCGGGGUUUUCACCAGGGAUAUUUCAAGAGCUCACAGAGUUGCAGAAAACUUAGAAGCUGGAACUUGCUUCAUAAACAACUACAACAUCAGCCCAGUGGAAGUCCCAUUUGGAGGAUACAAAAAUUCAGGCUUUGGUCGGGAGAACGGUCAGGUGACUAUUGAGUAUUACUCCCAGCUCAAGUCUGUUAUUGUGGAGAUGGGAGAUGUUGACAGCAUCUUCUAA